AUGAACUGGAAUGAGUUCCGAGAAAGUAUUGUGUUUAGGCACAGAUCUGAAAAAGGCUACCAAAAAAUAUCUGCUGCACUUAAGGUUCCCAAGAGCAUAAUUCUUAAAUGGAAGAUGUUUAAAACAACCAGGUCUAUUUCUCGAGCUGGCUGCCCGGCCAAGCUGAGCAAUCUGGGGAGAUGGGCCUUUGUAAGAAAGGUGACCAAUAGUCCUCUGCCUGAGUUUCAGAGAUCCUGUGCAGAGACGGGAGAAACUUUCAGAAGAACAUCUAUCACGGCAACACUCCGAUCUGGGCUUUAUGGCAGAGUAGCCACAUGGAAGUCUUUCCUAAGUGAAAGACACAUGAAAGCCUGCUUUGAGUUUGCAAAAAAAAAACACCUAAACAAUUCUCAGACUGUGAGAAACAAGAUUCUCUGGUCUGAUGAAACAUCGCCCAGUACCAUCCCAAUGGUGAAGCAUGGUGGUGGCCAUAUAAUGCCGUGGGGAUGUUUUUCAAUGGCAGGGACAGGGAGAUUGGUAGGGGUUGUGGGAAAGCUGAAUAGAGCAAAGUACAGAGAUAUGCUUAACGAAAACCUGGCCCAGAGUGCUCAGGACCUCAGACUAGGCCAAAGGUUCACCUUCCCACAGGACAAUGACCCUAAGCACACAGCUAAGUCAACGCAGGGGCUUAGGGACAACUCUGUGAAUGUCCUUGAGUGACCCAGCCAGAGUCCUGACUUUAACCCAAACAAAAAUCUCUGGAGAGACCUGAAAAUGGCUGUCCACUGACGGUCUGAAUCCAACCUGACAGAAUUCGAGAUGAUCUGCAGAGAAGAAUGGCAGAAAAUCCCCGAAUUCAGCUGUGCAAAGCUUGUCACAUCAUACCCAAGAAGAAUCGCUGCCAAAGGUGCUUCAGUACCCUUUGAGAUCCAGCAGCACAUGCACAAGGCCAGUAAGUGA